CGAGAAAAUAAAAAGAAAGAAAAUACUCCAAACUCCAUUCCUAUCGAUGCCGAACGAGGAACUCCGGUCUCAGUCGCCGACGUCGCCUCUCCACCACCACAAGCGCCACUCCCGAUCAAUCUGCCUCCCCGCCUGCUUCUCCAGCAUGAGCACUCACCCCUUCGACGUUCUCGACAAUGAUGCCGACCACUACCACAACUGCAACAGCCAGAGGGCCCGCACACCUCCGUCGAGGUCGCUGCCGCCGGAGAUCAAAGACCGCUGCGUGCACCUCAUAUCAAAGAUCGGCGGCGGAGUCAGGUCCGGGAGAGUACGGCGCCGCAACGCCUCCGCCGACUUUAGCUAUGAUCCGUCCAGCUACGCCUUGAACUUCGAGGACGACACCAGCAAGGCCGAAGAUCAGCUCCUCGUCAACGGCUUCUCGGCUCGGCUCUCGGCAUUGUCCAUCCCGACGACGCCGCUCGAGGAGAAGGUGAGCCGCAAUGCGCUUGACGAAAUUUUGGAGAACGAGGAAGAGUUCGCUGCUGAGGCGGCUGAUAAGGAUAAGGAGGCAAAGAGCCGGGCGAACGGCGGCGCCGCUCAGAGGAGGCGGGGGAGGAGCCGGCACUCAUUGGCUUCGGCCGACUUCGGCUACGAGCCGUCGAGCUACGCCAGGGAUUUCGAGGACGACGUGAACCGAGCUGACGAGAUUAUCUCCCUCAGAAGGUUCGGGGGGUUGCUGGCGCAGUCGAAGCAGAGCUUGACGACGGCGCCUCCGCCUGCCAAGUGUUCGCCGUUGGGUCCGGAGAUUGCUGCGUUUAGCUAAAGAUUAAUUGCGUUUUGAUAAUGCAAUUACAAGUGUGUCGUCAUCUGCUAGGGUUCUGCAACUGAUAUGGCGGAUGAGAUUUUUCGGUUGAAUUCGAGGCUCCGUACGAUCAGAAACGGUGGGGAUUUUUUGGCUUCAGAGUUGAAAGAAAUCCCGCGGGGGAUAUCGGGGCAGUUGAUUAUUGGGCCGGGCUGUUCGGCUGACAAUUUAGACGAGUUUAAAGCCCAUUUCUCUUCCAACUUAAAAACUGGGCUCAUAAGGCCAGGAACUCGUAUUGUAUUUUUACUUAUUAUGUAGUUGUUUAAUUAAAUAAUUUUAGGAGAAAUUGAAAUUUGGGUUGUUUAAUUUGAGACA